AUGUCGCGUCAAGUUCCUGCCAUCCGGAAGAAGGAAAUCAUUUACCGUCGUAGCUACAUUAAUGAAAUUAAUGAUCGUUUUGAUCAGGAGUUUGAGAAGCCCUUUGUUGUAGUUCGUCGUGAAGUUGAGAGACCUCCAAGCGUUCUUGUCAGCAACUACUAUCCACCAUCCAGCGAUCAGCUAGCUCGCGUUAAUACGAAACUUGACGAUAUUCUGUAUUACCUUCGCAAUGUCUCACCAGCCAUUGUCAACGAUGUGGAUGAAAAGAAUUUGCCGACGGGAAUGAGAAUUACGAGACUAAAUGACAAAGUUGAACGACUUUCGACGAAUCAGAAGAAUCUCGAGACUGCAUUUCAAGAGUUGACUUUGAAUCAGGAAAGCAUCGACAAGCUUCUUCAGCUUGUGAACGACACUAGAAUGGAUUUGGAGGAAAAGAUUAACAACAUUAAACAAUUAGGAGAUUCCAGUUUGAUUUGCCUAGAUCAAAAGUUGGACGAUUUACAACAGGACCAACACGAAACUCAUCAGCAAUUGAAGGAUUUGAUGCAUAUAUUGUCCAAUUUAUCUUCAAGAUCCUCUUCGGUUAACGAAAGGCACUAUGGUUCUCGUCCUUCUUCCAAAGCAUCAAGCGUUGGAAAAGGUUUCACUGUAAAGACGACACCAAAAUCACCACCGCCACUUCCAACAGAUCAUAACUUGAAAUCUCGCACGCCAACGCCACCAGUCACUAAAAACGACAUUUCAUCAAAAAAAUUGAAGCCGGCCUCAAAGGCUCCAAGUGUCGAUGUUUUGAAACGUCAACCGGACUUCGAGCAAAUUCCGCUUCGUAAGCAUUAG